UUGCGGAGCGCUGAUUGGCUGGGAUCUAACCAAUCAGGCGGGAAGUAGGAAGAAAACAUUUCAGAGAGGACGCGGGAUAGCGGCCUGUUGUGUAUGACAAGGAGUGUCAGGAUAUCUGCCCGUACCGUAUAACUAUGUCCUGGGGAUUCAUGAGAGGCUCUGCCUGGAGGUUCCUGCAGUCUCCGCAGUACAACAGAAGUGCCAGCCGCGGAUCUAUUUCAGCUUCCAACAUAUUUUUCGAUGAAUUGCAGGAGAAUGUGUCUUCAGCGGAUGGUUCUACAUCUGGAGAUGAAGAUCUGGAUUCUCUUGUUUUAUUUGGGAUGUUGAGAGGGAAUGUGGUUGGAUUACGUUACUAUACAGGAGUGGUAAACAACAAUGAAAUGGUAGCCCUUCAGCGAGAGCCCGGCAACCCAUAUGAUAGGAACGCAGUAAAAGUGAACAAUGUUAAUGGGGAACAAGUUGGACAUAUCAAGAAAGAACUUGCUGCAGCUUUGGCACAGAUUAUGGACCGGAAGUUAGUGAGAAUUGAAGGUGUAGUACCAUACGGUGCACACAAUGCUUUUACUAUGCCGGUAAACUUGAGUUUUUGGGGCCAAGAAGAAAGCAAGAAGGUUGUUUUAGACCACAUGAAGAAAUAUGGUUAUAAGCUUGAACCAGUUCCCAAAAAUUUUGGAACAAGCUUCAUGUCACAAGGUGCUGGAUCCAGUCACAGUCCGCCUCUUCCAGCUGUGCGGUUAACAGUAGAUCAGUUGAAGAGUGAAUUUGAUAAAUUGUUUGAAGAUUUGAAAGAAGAUGAUAAAACACAAGAAUUAGAGCCUGCAAAGUCAAUACAAACAGUUUUGCUUCCACAUCAAAAGCAGGCUUUGGCUUGGAUGGCUUCACGUGAGAACAGUACAGAGCUGCCACUUUUUUGGGAACAGAGGAACAACCUUUACUACAACACUCUUACAAACUUUGCUGAGAAAAGAAGACCUGAAAGUGUCAGAGGAGGGAUUUUGGCAGAUGACAUGGGCCUGGGAAAAACUCUGUCAAUGAUUGCAUUAAUUCUUACAAACUUUCAUGAUGGUCAACCUUUGCCAACUAAGAAAGUUAAAUCUGGAAAACAGAAUAUACCAAACAAAUCUCUGACAAGUGAUUCUGAUAAACCAUCAAGAAAUAAAGCCUCACAGGGACUGUGUAGUGGUUGGGAAACUAAAGAAACAAAUGAGAUUGGUAACAGCCAAGAAGCUAAAGGUACAAGUUCUGAAAGACGUAAACCCAGAAAAGCAAAGUGUGGUUUCAGUGAUUCUGAAGAAGAGUGGCUUCCACGCAAAACAAAAUCUUCUCCGGCUUGCAGUUUGGUCGAUGAUGAUCAGUUUGCUAUGGCUCUGUCUGGUGCAUCUUCCGGAGUGAAGAAAAAAUCUAAGAAAAAAGUAAUAGAAACUACAGUGCAGGAUCAUUCCAAGUGUGGCAAAAAUCUUCCUAGACCAACAUUGAUCAUUUGCCCACUAUCGGUGAUGAGUAAUUGGAUUGAUCAGUUUGAGCAGCAUGUCCAAGCUGAAGUGGACUUAAAUAUCUAUGUAUAUUAUGGACCUGAGCGAAGCAGAGAUCAAAAAACCCUUUCUCAGCAAGAUGUUGUGCUCACCAGCUAUAGUACUGUUGCCUAUGAUUAUGGGCCUAACAGCCCAUUGCAUAAGAUAAAAUGGCUGAGAGUGGUGUUGGAUGAAGGGCACACUAUCCGAAACCCAAGCGCACAGCAAACAAUAGCUAUUCACAGCCUGGAUGCAGUUAGAAGAUGGGUUCUAUCAGGUACGCCUAUUCAAAACUCCCUGAAAGAUAUUUGGUCCAUUCUGUCUUUCUUGAAACUGAAACCAUUCAAUGAGAGGGAGUGGUGGCACCGUACCAUUCAGAGACCAGUCACUACUGGAAAUCAAGAAGGAUUAAGACGUCUUCAAACACUUAUUAAAUAUAUCACUCUGAGAAGGACAAAAACUACCAAAGUCAAUGGGAAACCUGUGCUGGAAUUGCCAGAGCGCAAAGUUUAUAUCCAAUACAUCAAACUGUCUACAGAAGAGCGAAAUAUCUAUGAAUCUAUGCAAAAUGAAGGAAAGGCUAUUAUUGGAAGAUACUUUGAAGAAGGGAGCGUUCUGACACAUUACGCUGAUGUUCUUGCUGUGCUGGUGCGAUUAAGACAGCUUUGCUGUCAUCCAUAUCUUGUACCUAACAAUUUUUCUUCUGCUUCCACAGUAAGCUCAACCCCAGAAGAGAUGCGUGUAAAACUUGUGAAUAAGAUAAAGCUGGUUCUAAACUCUGGAUCAGAUGAAGAAUGUUCUAUCUGUUUGGACUCUCUGAACAUUCCAGUUAUUACCCAUUGUGCUCAUGUUUUUUGUAAACUGUGCAUUUGUCAGGUUAUCCAUAGUGAAAAGCCAAACGCCAAGUGCCCUCUUUGCAGAAGUGAAAUACGUCUGGAACAUUUGCUGGAAUGUCCUGAGGAAGAACUUGACUCUAGCGCAAAAAAGGAUCAGAAGUGGGUGUCUAGUUCAAAAAUAGACGCUCUUAUGUGUGCAUUGAUAGAACAAAGAGAGAAAGAUCCACAUGUGAAAAGUAUCAUCGUUUCACAGUUUACUUCAUACUUAUCACUAAUAGAAUCAGCGCUUGGAGAGUCUGGCUUCAUGUUUACACGCUUGGACGGCUCAAUGACACAGAAAAAGCGAACCAAAGCAAUUCAGUCUUUCCAAAGCACUGAUGUUGACUCUCCGACCAUUAUGCUGCUGUCAUUGAAAGCUGGAGGAGUAGGUCUGAACUUGACGGCUGCUUCCCGUGUGUUUUUAAUGGAUCCUGCAUGGAAUCCAGCUGCUGAAGAGCAAUGCUUUGAUCGUUGUCACCGUCUUGGACAGACAAAGGAGGUCAUCAUUACCAAGUUUGUUGUAAAAGAUUCUGUAGAAGAAAAUAUGCUGAAAAUCCAGGACAAAAAGCGAGAACUUGCUGCAGGAGCCUUUGGGACAAACAAGCCAAGUUCAAGUGAAAUAAAACAAGCCCGGAUCAAUGAAAUAAGGACACUGGUUAAUUUAUAAAGUCUGCACAUAACAACAAAUGUUUUAUAAAAAUAUUACAUUACUUUAUUGUAAAAUGCAUCCUCUUCCACCUGAAUCGGUAGAGAGUCUGUUGUGCCGUCAGUGCACUUGUCAAAAGGAGUGAAGGAAGUGUAGGAAAUGCAGAGCAAGGUUUAACAGCAUGCCCUUUCCUAAAAACAUGGGGUGAAACCUUGGUUUAUAUCUUUUCAAAUUUUAACAUUUUCAAUUUAUUUUAAUUUUUUUGAGAUUCAGUAGAUACUGAAAGUCAACAGAUUGAGAUUUUUAUGUUUUGAGCCUCCUUACAGAGCCUUUUUUUUCCCUUACCUGAGGUGGAUCUAAUUGAAAGCUUUGAUUAAAAAAAAAUAAUAAUAAUAAUAAUCUUAAAGGGGAACUCCGCCCCUAGACAUCUUAUCCCCUAUCCAAAGGAUAGGGGCUAAGAUGUCAGAUCGCCGGGGUCCCGCUGCUGGGGACCCCCUGGAUCUACCAUGCAGCACCCACCUGUAGCGGCUUCCGGAACCGCUGGAGGUCCUCAGGCUGAGUCCAUCUCAACCACCGGGACGGAAGAUCGUGACAUCACGACUCCGCCCCUGUGUGACGUCACAUGCCACCCCUCAAUGCAAGUCUAUGGGAGGGGGCGUGGCAGCAAUCUGACAUCUUAUCCCCUAUCCUUUGGAUAGGGGAUAAGAUGUCUAGGGGUGGAGUACCCCUUUAAGCACACAGUAUGACGGACAAAGACUUCAUGUAGAUUAUGCUUGUGACAAUGGUCGUGACCACAAAUUUCUGUAAUUGUGCUGUGUUACACCUAAGGUAAGUGAAUGAGGUCAGUGUUACUCACAUGUGGCCAUGGCCUGACAGUUGGGAAAAAAAAGCUCAUCCAUAUCUUGUGAUUGUGAGGUGGCUCGCACUUUUCAGUUGCAGUGUGACCCAAUUUACUUACCUUAGCUAUGCUGUAGCCUGAUCCACAGUGUGACAUAGGGAUCUUUGGUCGUGUGACCCUUGUUGCAGCCAAAAUUGUCAUAUAGCCUUAGCCUAAAACUUAUACAUGCAAACUGCCCAUUGCUCUAUGUGAGUGUGUAAAGCAGGGCUCUCAAAGGCUUCUUUUCAGCACUGGUAACAUUUAAAAGAUCUGAAGGUCCAAUUAAUUCUCGUUUUGUAACACAUGGCACAAAACGUGACUGCAUUACAGAUAGUUAUGUUUUGAGGUUCAAAUUUAUGGAUACAUUUUCUGAAGAUUUUAUUUUUUUUCUCUAAUAAAAUGCAUUCUCCAUUACAUGCUAUAUAUCACCACUGGGAUAUGCAUAGCCCCAUUGUAAUGUAGUGACACAGUAUUUGGGAUACCAAAUAUGCCUGUGUGCAUAAGACCCAAAAUCAGUUUUGGUCAGCAGUAAGAAUACCUGGAUGUCAUGUGAGUCUAAGCUUUGAACCUAAUUCCACAUAAAAGUACUGCUACUGCUCUUGUACAUGAAAAUACAGACUCAAAAGGUGUAAUAUACCAUGAGCAGCCCUGUAAUGAGCCAUCAGUAUUUUUAUGUAUACAUGCAUCCCCUAAUAUUGUAGGAAUAUGUACAAUAUAGCUUUCUGUACAGUUACAUGUUCAAUAAAAGUAGUAAAUUCCUUUUCACUAAAGGGUGACUUAUUAAUCUAGUCAGUGUAUUAAAUUAACUCAAGGAACCUGAUGCUUUUACAACAUAUUUGUACCAGUUUAUUAUAUGCUUUACCAUAUCUGCAGCAAUUGCCUCUGCUAUGCUGUGCCUUGUAUUGGUCCCUAGAGCCUCAAAAGCUAUUUUGCAGGAUUAACAUCCUUAGAAUGCAUGUGAGCCUCCCAUCCUCAGUAUAAAAUGCCUUCACUCCACCUCUACUUUUAAUAGUAGAGAUAAACAGUACAUACCUACUGUAUGCAGGUGAAUGGCAGAUGAUGGUUUUCCAAGGU